AUUCGAAACUGAGUCAUCUUUCCUUUAACUCGGAACAAAUUUCUGUAAUUUACUAAUUAUUUGCCGAUCAGUGGUCUUCGCUAGUUUGGCCCAGAUUGGUGCGAAAUCAAGUGGUCUUUAGAAGUUGUUCAUUUUGUGUUAAAAGUGUGACGAAACCGUCCGAAACGGGGAACGACAUGUCGAUCUCGGCGAUGGAAAAACAUAUGUUUAAUUUGAAAUUUGCAGUGAAGGACCUUGAACGGAACGCCAAGAAGUGUGAGAAGGAAGAGAAAGCGGAAAUUCUGAAGACCAAGAAGGCGAUCCAAAAGGGCAACACCGAGGUCGCGCGAAUCCACGCCGAGAAUGCCAUUCGACAGAAGAAUCAAUCGCUCAACUAUCUGCGGAUGAGUGCUCGGGUUGAUGCCGUAGCCAGCCGUGUCCAGACCGCUCUCACCACGCGCAACGUAACUAACUCGAUGGCUGGCGUAGUGAAGGCGAUGGACGCAGCGAUGAAAGGUAUGAACUUGGAAAAAAUCUCUGGUCUGAUGGACAAGUUCGAGUCACAGUUUGAGGACCUGGAUGUUCAGAGUUCGUACAUGGAAAACACCAUGUCGCAAACAACGACCACGUCGGUUCCACAGGAUGACGUCGAAUCGCUUAUGCAAAGAGUUGCGGAUGAAGCAGGGCUCGAGCUGAAUAUGGAACUACCUUCCGGACCAUCGAACGUAUCAAUCGGUUCUGCGUCACAGAUCUCGAUGGAACAGGAUGAACUGACCGCCCGUCUCGCGCGUCUACGGCAAGCAGAAUAGUGUUUUCCAAUGGUUGUUAAUUCCGUGAUUGCAAUGCUCACCGGUGACGAUAGAAGCAAUCAGCUGAAGAAGACUACGUUAAACUCAUUUGAGAAUCCAUGUAUUCAAUUAGUGGUGUGAACUAAGCUGUCACUCAACCAUCUGGGGGACAAAAGCAAGAAAAUUGAAUCCCUAUGUUCCCUGUGUAGGGCGCUAUUCUCUCCGUUAUUCGUUAACUGUAAAAAUAAAUAUAA